GCCGUCCAGAUGACCUCAUCCUGAGAGGAGGAGGAGCCCGCGCUCCUGGAGCUACCUUGGAUCAAGUGGACCAGUCCGUGAAGUUGGAGUUUCCAGCGAGGAGUGGAGGAACUAUUCCCGGAACUUUCUAUCCAUGACAUUGAUCAGGGCCUCGCCAGAGAGGAUUCCAGGAGUCUUGUCAUGUUCAAGGCAGUGCUGAAAAAGAACAGAGAAGGAGGCAAGGGGAGCAAGAAGGACUCAGGUGAUGUCCUCAGCCACUUGAAGAGAUUUCCGCCCGAUGGAGGUCCGCAGGUCCACAGCUCCGGAUAUGGCCAGGUCACGGAUGAUGUUUUCCGACUCAGCCUUGCAAAGGGGGCGUCGUUGUCCCUCCCCUCCUCGCCUCUUCUUCCAAGACAGUCGUACAUGAUGCCUUUGCGACCCAGUAAGAAGUCACCAGGUCCGACCCGGAAGCCAAAGUAUGUGGAGAGCCCCCGUGUUCCUUCGGAUGCUAUCGUGUCGGCGCUGAAGAAGGUCGCUGAUAAUGAGCUGCAAGCAGAGAGGCAGCCAAGCUCCGCCUCCUCCCCUGCCACUCAGGAACUGAUGACAAGGCUGGGCUUCUUACUGGGAGAAGGGAUCCCGGGGACGGCGCGCAUACCUAUGGACGACAAGAAUGAAAAGAAGUGCUCUGUUGCAAGCCAGGGCGUCAGCCCCUGCUCCACACUGACCAGCAGCACGGCGUCCCCCAGCACCGACAGCCCAUGUUCCACGCUCAACAGCACAGCAAGUCGCCCCCCACUCAGCCGCUGCAGCCCGUGUGGGACCAUAACAACCCCCAGCUCCACGCUCGAGAGUAAGGACAGUGGAAUUAUAGCCACCAUCACCAGCUCCUCUGAGAAUGACGACCGCAGCGGCUCCAGCCUGGAGUGGACCAAGGACGGCAGCCUGAGAAGCAGUGGGCGCCAUGGCCUGGCGCAGAGCGUACGGGCCGACACCUGCUCCCCUGUGGCAGAGGAAGACUCCAACGCCGCUGCUGUGGGGUCCGGCGACACUUCGCCCCGGAUAAACCACCAGCAUCACACCAGCAUCUCAUCCGGGGCAGCAGGACCUUCACACCCAACAUGCCACUCACCUGAGGGACCAGUUCAGUACCCACACCAGACGUCCUCUCUCCUCAUGAUGCCGAGGCCCAAUUCAGUCGCAGCAACCAGCUCCACAAAGCUAGAGGACCUGGGCUACCUGGAUGAGCAGCGCAACACUCCACUGCGGACCUCCAUCCGUCUGCCGUGGCACAGCACAGGAGGGAGGCCACCUCAGGAUUCCAAAGCCCGCUUCUCCCCCUACAAACCUGUGGAUAUCAUGCUCAAACCCCUGCUGUUUGAGGUUCCCAGUAUCACCAUGGAUUCUGUUUUCGUGGGUCGAGACUGGCUUUUUCAGGAGCUGGAAGACGUCCUGAAGGCCGGCGAGUCCACAGGAAAACAAGGCGCUGUGGUGGUGGGCAGCGUGGGCUACGGGAAGACGGCGAUCAUCUCCCGACUUGUAGCGCUGAGCUGCCAUGGCGGUCGCAUGAGGCAGAUUGCGUCCAACAGCCCGAGCGCCUCACCCAAAAGCGGAGGAGGGGCCAUUUCAGAACUUCCGCUCAGCCAACCUCCCCAGCCCACGCCACCUUCCAGCGCCACCAACACGUUACGGAGCAACAGCUGCCCGUCCACCCCUGAAAUCCAGCGACGCCGGGAGGAAGCUGUCAAACGCCUGGCCGCUAAGGUGGUGGCGUAUCACUACUGCCAGGCCGACAACACCUACACCUGCUUGGUCCCCGAGUUUGUGCACAGCAUCGCCGCCCUGCUGUGCAGAGCUCACCAGCUGUGUGCGUAUCGAGAACUCCUCCUGAAAGAGCCACAUCUCCAGAGCAUGCUGAGUCUGCGCUCCUGCGUCCAGGAUCCCAUGGCCGCUUUCAGGAGGGGCGUCCUAGAACCUCUGACCAAUCUACGGAAAGAGAGGAAGAUCCCGGAGGAAGAUCUCAUCAUCUUAGUGGACGGCCUGAACGAAGCGGAGUUCCAUAAGCCAGACUACGGGGACACCAUCGCCUCAUUCAUCACUAAAAUCAUCACCAAAUUCCCCCCCUGGCUGAAGCUGGUGGUCACAGUGCGAGUCAGCUUGUUGGAAAUCACCAGUCUUCUGCCGUUCUCCAAAAUCUCUCUGGACGAUUUCGAUGACAACAAGGAGAUCAGCAACGACCUCAACAGCUACAUCCAGUACCGCAUCAACGGCAGCGCUGAAAUCAUGAGCAACAUCAGCCUGAACGGAAAGGCCGACCCCGUGACGGUGGGGAAGCUCAGCAGCCACCUGAUAUCGCGCAGCCAGGGCUCCUACCUGUACCUCAAACUCACGCUGGAUCUCUUCGAGAGGGGCCACCUGGUGAUCAAGAGCGCCAGCUAUAAAGUGGUGCCAGUCUCACUGGCCGAGCUCUACCAGCUGCAGUGCAACAUGAAGUUCAUGACCAACUCGGCCUUCGAGCGCUCGCUGCCCAUCCUCAACGUGGCGCUGGCUUCGCUGCACCCCAUGACCGACGAGCAGGUGUUCAACGCCAUAAACGCCGGCUACGUGGAGGGAGAGCUGAUGUGGGAGGACUUUCAGCAACGCAUGGAGCUGCUGUCCUGCUUCCUCAUUAAAAGACGGGACAAGACGCGAAUGUUCUGCCACCCGUCCUUCAGAGAGUGGCUGGUGUGGAGAGCAGAUGGAGAGAGUACUGACUUCCUCUGUGACCCCAGGACUGGUCACGCUCUCAUGGCCUUCAUGCUGUCGCGGCAAGAAGGGAAACUGAAUCGGCAGCAGACCAUGGAGCUGGGACAUCACAUCCUCAAAGCUCACAUCUUCAAGGGUCUGAGUAAGAAGACUGGGGUGUCGUCCAGCGUGCUGCAGGUGCUGUGGAUCAGCUGCAGCGCCGACGGUCUGUCUGCUGCCCUGGCUUCCCUGAGGAACCUUUACACUCCCAAUGUGAAGGUGAGCCGCCUGCUGAUGCUGGGCGGAGCCAACGUGAAUUACCGCACCGAAGUGCUGAACAACGCUCCGGUCAUCUGCGUCCACUGCCACCUGGGCCACCAGGAGAUCGCCGCCCUGCUCCUGGAGUUCGGGGCGAGCUUGGACGUGGUGGCCGAAAACGGCAUGAGCCCGCUCUGCUUCGCCGCCGCCGCUGGACACUUGGGUCUGGUCAUGCUGCUCUGCAAGAGGGGGGCCAAGGUGGACCACGGGGAUAAGAGCGGCCAGUGCGCGCUGGUCCACGCCGCCCUGAGGGGACACUGGGACAUCAUGGAGUACCUGCUGGACCUGGAGUGGAGCGGGGAGGGGCCGCAGCAGGACUGCGCUGUGAAGGACAAGGCUCUGCAGCAGGCGCUCAUCGCCGCCUCCAGCAUGGGCCACACGCAGGUUGUGAGGAGUUUGCUGGCGAUGAAGAACGAGCACGCCGUGCAAAUUGAUAGCCAUGACACUCUGUGGGGAGAGACAGCGUUGACGGCGUCAGCUGGUCGAGGGAAGAUUGAAGUGUGCAGCUUCCUGUUGGAGCAGGGCGCCGUGGUGCAACAGGUGAACCGGCGGGGGGUCUCUCCGCUCUACUGCGCCGUCAGACAGGGACACUGGCAGAUCGCGGAGCAGCUGCUGCAACGCGGCGCCGACAUCAACAUCAGCGACAAACAAGGUCGGACUUUGCUGAUGGUGGCGGCGUGUGAGGGUCACCUGACCACGGUGGAGUUCCUGCUCUCCAAAGGUGCUUCGCUGACUUCGAUGGACAAAGAGGGACUGAUGCCGCUCAGUUGGGCCUGUUUAAAGGGACAUAAGAACGUAGUACAGUUUUUGGUGGAGAGAGGUGCCGUCAUUGACCACACGGACAAGAACGGACGAACCCCGCUGGACCUCGCUGCCUUCUAUGGGGACGCAGAGAUCGUCCAGUAUUUGGUGGAGAGAGGAGCUGUGAUCGAGCACGUGGACUACAGCGGGAUGAGGCCACUGGACCGGGCCAUCGGCUGCCGCAACACCUCAGUGGUGGUGACGCUGCUGAAGAAAGGAGCCAAGCUUGGGUACAGAACGUCGCCCUAUGAUCGAUCAGGGAACGCGGCCUGGGCCAUGGCCACGUCCAAGCCUGACAUCCUCAUCAUCCUCCUGCAGAAGCUGAUGGAGGAGGGGAACCUGCUGUACAAGAAAGGCAAGAUGAAGGAGGCGGCUCAGAGGUACCAGUACGCCCUGAGGAAGUUUCCCCGGGAAGGAUUCGGUGACGACCUGAAGGCCUUUAAAGACCUGCGAGUGUCCCUGUACCUCAACCUGUCGCGCUGCCGGAGGAAACUGAACGACUUCGGAAUGGCGGAGGAGUUUGCAACGAAGGCGCUGGAGCUCAAACCCAAAUCUUACGAGGCGUAUUACGCUCGUGCCAGGGCUAAACGCAGCAGCAGGCAGUUCGCGGCAGCGCUGGCGGACCUCCACGAGGCGGCCAAGCUGUGCCCAAACAACCGCGAGAUCCGUCGCCUGCUGGCUCGAGUGGAGGAGGAGUGCAAACAGAUGCAGCGAACGCAGUUGAAAGGAGCGCUAGAGGGCGCUGCAGCAGCAGGCUGCCAGGCGUCGGGAGGUCACGAAUCGGAUCAGGAUGAAGGACAGGAGGCUGCAUCAGAAUACAGUCUGGCGCGGUGCAUGGACGGUCAGAGAGAUAUUCUCGAGGAAGAGGAGGAGGAGGAAGACGAGGAGGAGCAGGCGAGAGCGGCGGAAGCCUGUCGGAACUCUUACUCUUUCAACCAGGCUGGACCCUCAGAACCUUUAGGUCAUCAGAACCCCGGCAGGCUUCCUCUGCAGCGGUAUCCGCGAGAACACCGCGAAGCCGUGACCCAGCAGGGACUGGUCCUGCAGUCCACGAAGCAAGCCCAGAUCGUCAAAACCAAUCAACAUCUUAGCUCCAUGCAGGCAGCAGGUGGCGCUGUGGGGGUCCGCUCAUUGGGAGGGAAAUCUCAGUACGGCCCGUCUAGUCCUCUACCAGUCCGACACAUGCUGAAGCCUGGCCCUGGCAUCGACAUCAGUCCUUUACCAGUGGCACCAGAAGAGCCUCUUUAUGGGAACCGCCUGUUGUUGGGUCGCAGCUGCGACGAGGCUUCGUUCUCCAAAGCCGCGGGCCACGACCGACUCUCUGCUCAGUCCGCCUCUUCGCUCGACGGGCUGUCCUGCUCUGGCUCAGGUCCGCCGCGGAACAACGGCGAGUUGGCUAAGGAGGCGGCCGGUCCGCAUGCCGGCAGCAGCGGCAUGCACGUGUCCAGCUCCACCAGCAGCCUUGCGUCCAGCAGCAGUCAGUCCGACAGUGGCAAGCUGGGCCCUGACGUCCGCGCCAAGGUCUCGGACAAGACCAAGCACAGCCAGCAGGAGUACAAACCCAGGCCUUUUAUGGGCGUCACUGACAAGACGGCGCGCUUCCAGCAGCAGCAGCAGCACACCACCCAGAGUCUGCAGUCGGCCGGACGCAGCUGGGCCUCCACCGACGCUCCGGUGGGUCACGCGUCGACCUUGAGUCACCAGCCUGGCAACCUGGAGCCACACUUCACGAAAACAGCCAGCACUUACCACGAGCACGAGCAGCACAAACCCCCGGCGCCACUGUCCACCAGCUUACAAAACGGCGCGCAUGUCAAGGAUUACACUGACAAGUUCUGCCCAGCAGCCAGCUGUUACAGCGAGUCUAAGCCGGUGCUGACCGUGCAGCACUCGUUCAUGGACAGUAAGAAGCCACCGGGCCACGUCCGGGAGAACCCUGCCAUUCACCUAGCAUCGAUGAAGCCAAAGCGAUCCUUUAUAGAGUCAAACGUUUAAGAGGUUGAGGCCUUCGGUGUUCCGCUCGGCUUUUGUUACAAGACGACGGACGCCGAGGUGAACAGAGAUGGACGGCACUUUAUCAACACAGGGGUGUGUCAUGCCCAAUGGAGAUCCGGGGGUCCAACAAACAAAGCUAUUUUGAACCCUCAAAAAAAAUGUACAUCGUCCUUCCGUUGCGACUUCAACGAUUGUCAAGCCUUGAAAGUGAGCGGUCCGUGUUCUGGUACCAUCCCACUUCUGACGCCACCCACCAGGCAGUCCAGAACCCUGAUCCGACUGGGAAAAACACGCACAAAGACCUCGACACCAAAAAGCUGGCGAGACACCCGACACACAUCAGCGUGCGGGCGGCGAGGACGAGCAUUCCUGUGUUUGCAGAAGGAAGUUAAGAAUGUUGAUACACAAAUGUAUGUUUCCCUCUAUUGAAGUGUUUUUCACGAGUUCUGUAUUUUCGGUUUUCUGCACAACGUGGUGUUCAAUGUUCUUCAUUUGUUCAAUAUCUUUGUACAUUAUUCGACAAAUCGACAUUAACAAAGGAGUCGUCCUGUAUCGGCUUGUGUCACCACCUAGUUUAAUUUAUUUAAUGGCUUAAUUGUAAGAGCAAUAUAUUUUCUAUAGUUAUUUUUGCACAGCUACUAAGACAUUUUAUGAUCCUCAGUUCUGGGUGUGUAAGCGCAUGCGGCAGUUACGUAGAAGAGCUGCGACUGGAUCAUGUUCGUGUGACGCAAUCGUUGCCCUGUGGUCAGCAUUGUGAGCUUCAUCAGCUGUGAUCAUAUACUGUUGUCCGGCAUCGCCGCCGUGGGAGAGAAAUAAACCCUCCCCGAGAGGAGAAAUCCACCUCGUGUCAUGAGUCCUUGGAUGCGCCGCCAUGAUUCAGGAAAUGGUUUGUAUUACAGCCAUUAUUUACAAUACAACUUCCUGUACUCAUCCUCGUCACUGAGUGGCCCUCCACCUCUGGAUGGCUGUCUUCAGGGACCUGUUGGGCGUCAGCAGGGUGGUUUUGAGAGGCAGGUUGGUCAUCGGACUUCUCUUGUUCUGUCCUUUGAUCCAGCUCUCGAUGGAUUCCCGUUCGUACGAAUAUCCAUCUGUGGAGACGGAGCAGAGUCAGGAGCAGUCGGAACACUGCUGGCUGAGGGAGGAAUUUGGAACAAAAACUGUCCAAAAAAACACAAAAAUCUGUUUAAAAAUGGCAAUAAAUAAAUAGAUACAAAAACAUACCUAUGGUAAAAUAAACAUGGUGUGUAUGGGUGAAACAAAAAAUGACUACAAUGUAAACAGUAGUCUCUGGUUAAAAGACCAAAAAACAUAUAUAUCUACAGGAUGAAAAAUACUAAAAAACAGCCUUCAAAAUUCUGACAGAAGAACACAGCACAAAAAUUCGCAAAAAAAAAAAAGAAAAUAGAAAGACGAAGGAAGCUGAAUCUUUUGGAUUGUUAUGGCAAUAAAAUAACCCCUGCCCCUGUUAAAAGCAAUUCAACAAGUUAUUAAUAAUAAUAAUAAAAAUAAAGAUGGAAAUGGGAGAUUUAUGAAUAAAAUGUGAGGUAAGAAAAUAAGAGGGAGCUUGUUGAAAAAAAAAGUCCUGUAGGAUUAAAAAAAAUCCAGAAAAGAAAAAAAAAAAAAAAAAAUCGAGAAAAAAAAUGCAAAGAUAAGAAAAAAACAACAACAUACACACACACAAAACAGGGGAAAGAAAUGAGAAAGUGAAUAGAAACCCAGAGGGGAAAAAACGUGGUGGGAUUUGUAAACGAAAUGGAGGAGCUCCUGACUCAGAGACUGGUAAAAGUUCAAAUCUACAGGUUCCUUUUUCUCCGACAUAACGCACUUAACACUAAAUAAUCUGAGGCGUCAUGAUGGAAACUUGCAAGUGAUCUGUGUUAUAAACGGACAACGAUGGUGUGGAGCCUGAAGCUGAGCAGGGGUGUGGUCCGUGAGCAAAUGACCUUCUGCGAUGACCGGAUCCUUCAUCAGCUCUCUGCUGAUCGGACACAGGAACUCGUCUGGGAAGUCGGAGUUGCUGUGCUCCGCCUUCAGGGCUUGGACUUUCCUCAGCAGUCGACCGCGCAGCCCCAGCGACUCUGAGGGAGCAACAUGGGUC